UAUAGAGUGCCCAGAGUACAUAUAGUAGUCAGUCCAUUGCAGAAGGUUUGAGAGUGAUUUUGGGGGUGAUAUAUUCCUUCAAGAAGGGGAGUUUAUUAAUACAGGAGAUUGUGAAAUGGAUCCUGUUGAGUUCAUCAAAUGUGAAUUGGUGCCAAAACUUGUGAGUGAUGGCAAACUUUCCUGUGAUAGUGAUGUUGCAAUAAAGUCAUGCGAAGCAAGUAAACUUGGUGAAGAUGGUACUUUUAUGAGAACACUGUGUUAUCGUGUUAAAGUUGAACUAUUUGGUGUCAAAUCGGGACUAACUGACACAGUAUUGCUUGUGAUUAAGCUCACUCCACGAAAUAUUCCGUCGGAAUUUUAUGAAGGUGGAAAUUAUGCACAACUAUUUGAGAAUGAAUUUAUAACGUACAGCAAAAUCCUUCCACUUCUUCAAGAUCUUGAAAUUUACUAUCCCAAGUAUUUCUAUAGCAAUCUAACGCAUCGAGAGGAGAUAAUAGUUCUCAGUGACUUUACGGCAGAUGGUUGGAGUGUGGCAAAGCCUGUGACGAAUUUAUCACUUGAAAAUAUUUUAGCCUCUGUUAAACUUCUUGGCAGAUUCCACGGAUACUCGUAUGGCAUAAAGGAGACAAAUCCUGAAUUAUUCAGUGAUAUUCGAAAACAACUCAAGCUAACAAGCUUCUUUGCGGACACAACUGGAAACGAUGUUUGGGACAUCCUGUCGACAAAAUCAAUAAGUAGAGGGACUAAUUCCAUUAGGGAGGCAAAGGAGACACGCAAUGAAAUUCCUGAAGACUUUCUAAUGGAUUUCGAAGAGUAUUUGGAGAAUCCCAUGAAGGUGCAGCGUAUUCUAAAUGAACCCUCCGAACCACUAGCUGUACUCUGCCAUGGUGACUUCUUGAGCAAUAAUAUCGCCUUCAAGAAAAAUAGCACAUCCACCACAAUGGCAAUGAUGUUUGACUUCCAAACACUGAGAUAUUCAUCACCGAUGGUUGAUUUAGCAACAUUUAUGGCCAAUUCAACGGGAGUAGAUGUGCGAAAACCCCAUUUUGAUGACAUUUUCCGGGCUUAUCACACUGAAUUAGUGAAAGCACUCUGUGAAAAAUGGAACAAAAAUGAAGAUGAAUUACCAAGCCAUUACAGCUAUAGCAAUUUUCUUAAGGAAUAUGCAAAGUACCUACCAUUUGGCUACAGCAUAGCAGCAUCAUUCAUACCAAUUCUGCAUUUUCCCAUUGCUGAUCCCAUUGCUGAAAUGCAGGAUUUUACAUUGGACAAUGAAAAUUUUGAGGAAUUGUUGGCAAAAAACCUCAAUUUAGGCGGUGAGACGGUAAAUAGGGAACUUAGAGCACUCAUAUUGGAUAUUUAUAGUCUACAGAAAAUAACUGGAGUCACAUUGAAAUAAAUUACUUCACUUAUAAAGUAUAUUGCGAGGACGAGAGAGAUGAGCGUGGAUAGAGAAGGUGACCACUUAAUUUAAUAAGAGAAAAUGAAUUAGAUGAUCCCCACUGUUGGAAUUCGUAUUAUUUCACAUAUAUGUAAUAUGCUAUGUAUAUGAAAUACUUGUUUGUAUAUUAAACCCUUUUAUGAGAGAAAA